AUGGAUGAAAGCAGCCUGGGGGGCCCCAGACUGACGAUGCUUCGCCGGGGGCUGCUGGCGUGGGUCUCUCGCGUGGUGGUUUUGCUCGUGCUGCUCUGCUGUGCCGUGUCCGUGCUCUACAUGCUGGCCUGCACCCCGAAGGGCGACGAGGAGCGGCUGAGGCUGCCCCGGGCCAACGGCCCCACGGGGAAGGAGGGGUACCAGGCGGCCCUGCAGGAGCGGGAGGAGCAGCACCGCCACUACAUCAGCAGCCUCAAGCGGCAGGUCGCACAGCUCAAGCAGGAGCUGCAGGAGCGCGGCGAGCGGCUCAGGAGCGCGCAGUCUCACCCCAGCGACGCGGCGGGCCUGCGGCUAGAGCCGGGGCCUCCCGAGAAAACCCAGGCGGACCUGCUGGCCUUCCUGCGCUCGCAGGUGGACAGGGCGGAGGUGCACGCCGGCGUCAAGCUGGCGACGGAGUACGCCGCCGUGCCUUUCGACAGCUUCACGCUGCAGAAGGUGUACCAGCUGGAGACCGGCCUGACUCGGCACCCGGAGGAGAAGCCCGUGAGGAAGGACAAGCGGGAUGAGCUGGUGGAAGCCGUGGAGUCGGCCCUGGAGACCCUGAACAGCCCUGCGGAGGGUAACCCGAAUCGGCGCCCCUACUCGGCCUCGGAUUUCAUAGAAGGGAUCUACCGCACAGAGAAGGAUAAAGGCACUCUGUAUGAGCUCACGUUCAAAGGGGAGCAGAAGCACGAAUUCCGACGACUCGUCUUGUUUCGACCGUUUGGCCCCAUCAUGAAAGUAAAACAAGAAAAGCUCAACAUGGCCAACACACUCAUCAACAUUAUCGUGCCACUGGCAAAGCGGGUAGACAAGUUCCGGCAGUUCAUGCAGAAUUUCAGGUUUGCUCGAUUGGAGAUGUGCAUUCAACAGGAUGGGAGAAUUCAUCUCACCGUUGUUUACUUUGGGAAGGAAGAAAUGAAUGAGGUCAAAGGAAUACUUGAAAACACUUCCAAAGCUGCCAACUUCAGGAAUUUUACCUUCAUCCAACUGAACGGAGAGUUUUCUCGGGGAAAGGGCCUUGAUGUGGGAGCCCGCUUCUGGAAAGGAAGCAACGUCCUUCUCUUUUUCUGUGACGUCGACAUCUACUUCACCUCCGAAUUCCUCAAUACGUGCAGACUGAACACACAGCCAGGGAAGAAGGUAUUUUAUCCGGUCCUUUUCAGUCAGUACAAUCCCGGCAUAAUAUACGGCCAUCCGGACGCAGUGCCUCCCUUAGAACAGCAGCUGGUGAUAAAGAAGGAGACUGGAUUUUGGAGAGACUUUGGAUUUGGGAUGACCUGUCAGUACCGGUCGGACUUCAUCAAUAUAGGCGGCUUCGAUUUGGACAUCAAGGGCUGGGGCGGAGAGGACGUGCACCUGUACCGCAAGUACCUGCACAGCAACCUCAUCGUGGUGCGGACGCCGGUGCGCGGGCUCUUCCACCUGUGGCACGAGAAGCACUGUGCGGACGAGCUGACCCCCGAGCAGUACAAGAUGUGCAUGCAGUCCAAGGCCAUGAACGAGGCGUCCCACGGGCAGCUGGGCAUGCUGGUGUUCAGGCACGAGAUCGAGGCUCACCUUCGCAAGCAGAAACAGAAGACAAGCAGCAAAAAAACAUGAACUCCCAGGCCUCGACCUGGGGAGAUGCUUUCGUUUUUCCCUUUCAUGAUCACCAAACACGGGGCUGUGGCAAGGAAGAGG